GUACAACUGCUGGAAUCAUCAUUCCCUUGGGAGUACCGCCACGCUUCCCAACUGCGGCUGGCAGGCAGAGCAGUCAACCUUCUUUCAACCCCGAGCUCCCAGUCACCAGGGGAGUGAGACUGUUGCUUGCGCGGUGUGUGCCAGGAAGUGCGAAAUUAGGGUUAGGUUGGAAAGCGUAAGAAACACGCGUUAGGUUUGUGAAGGAUAUUAUGGUGACGUCGGUUGGAGGACCGGGGCAAGGGCAGGAGAAAUCGCACGAGAGCGGCGAGGAUAAGAACGAGAGAGAGCAGGACGAGGAGGGAGACCAGUAUCAAGGGAAUGAGGGUCCUGCGGAGGGAGGGAAAUACGUGCGAUACACGAGCGAGCAGGUCGAGGUGUUGGAGAAAGUUUACAAAGAAUGUCCGAAGCCGAGCUCCGUGCGGCGGUCGCAGCUUAUCAAGGAGUUCCCCGUGCUCUCGAACAUCGAGCCGAAGCAGAUCAAAGUCUGGUUCCAGAACCGAAGAUGUCGCGAGCGGCAGCGCAUGGAGUACAGCCGGCUGCAGAGCAUGAACUCGCGCCUCUCCGCGCUCAACAAGCUGCUGGUCGAAGAGAACGAGCUGUCCACGCGCAAGAUCUCGCAGCUCACGCUCGAAAACAUGCUGCUGCGCCAGCAGGUCGCGCGCCUGGAAGCCUCGCAGCAGCUUGGAGGCGGCGGCGCGCCGCCUGGCUCGGUGGCGGCAGCAGCUGCCGCCGCCGCCGCUGCUGCGGCUGCGACGGACCCGCUGAAGCUCCCUGGUGCCGCGGCUGCUGCCGCUGCUGCGGCGGGGGGAGCCGUUCCCGGCAUUCCGACUGCUCCUGUUCUCCCCCCGGGAAUGCACCCCGGCCUCCCCCUGGCCCCUCCGGAUAUAUUUUCCCAGCUGCGAGCAGCAGCGCUGGGAGGGGAGUUUGCAGGGGGCGCAGCGGCGCUAGAUGUGCUGAAGCAGCGGCAACUGGGAGCGGCACAGCAGCAGCAGCAGCAGCAGCAGCAGCAACAGCAACAACAACAGCAGCAACAGCAGCAACAGCAGCAGCAACAACAACAGGGAAUGGCACAGCAAGCAGAGCAACAGCAGCAGCAGCGGCAGCAGCAGUUGCUUCCGAGGCUGGGGUUUGCCGGCACGAAUCUGACUUCGGACUCAGCUGUCACGGGCAGCACUCCUGCUGGCGACCCUGGAGCCUCUGGUCUUCUCCCCAUAGCGGAGCAGAUUCUCUCGGAGUUCCUGGCGAAAGCUACUGGCACGUCAAUGGACUUUGUGGAAAUGCCGGGAGUGAAGGUCGGAGCAGGGUACAUAGGCAAGGUCACCAUAGCGUGUGGUGGCCCGGGCGUUGCUGCUCGGGCGGCGGGCCUGGUGCUGCUGCCGCCCAGCAAGGCAGCGGAGCUUCUAAAGGACCGCGUGGCGUGGCUGAGGGAGUGCCGGCGCUGCGACGUGCUGGGGGGCUUCCGCACUCCCAAUGGGGGCACUGUCGAGCUCGUCUACACCCAGAUGUACGCACCUACAACCCUGGCACCCCCCCGGGACCUGUGCACUCUACGAUACACCUCAAUGCUGGAAGACGGGGUGGUCAUCUGCGAGCGGUCCCUCAGCAACGCGCACGGGGGGGCGUCCAUGCCGGCUGUGCCGUCCUUUGUGCGCGCGGAGAUGCUGCCCAGCGGGUACCUCAUCAGGAAGUGCGACGGCGGCGGCUCAGUGAUCAUUGCCGUGGACCACCUAGACCUGCAGAUGUUGCCCAGCGGGUACCUCAUCAGGAAGUGCGACGGCGGCGGCUCAGUGAUCAUUGCCGUGGACCACCUAGACCUGCAGGCGUCGAGCGUACCAGAGGUGCUGCGGCCGCUCUACCAGUCCUCUGCAGCGCUCGCACACCGAAUGACCAUCGAGGCUCUGCGGUACCUUCGAAAGGUGGCGAAUGAGGGGUUGGGAGGGGGGGGCGAGGCGAACAGUGGCGAGGGAGGAGCAGCGGGCAGCAGGGCGGAGUCGGGACGGCCGCAGGACAGACAGUUAACGGCGUGGAGAGCCAUCGCUGAGCGCAUUGCCAUGGGCUUCAACGAGGCAGUGAACGGGUUUACUGACGACGGGUGGGAGCAGAUGGCAGGUGACGGCAUGGAUGACGUCACCCUCGCUGCCAGAGCCACUGGAGCUGGAGGGAAGAGUGCAGCAGGGGGAGCAGGGGGAGGGGGGGAUGCGCCUGGGCCUGUUGGGGGGGGAGUGCUGUGCGCCAAGGCGUCUAUGCUGCUACAGAACGUCUCCCCAGUGCUGCUCAUUAAAUUUCUACGCCACCACCGCUCGGAGUGGGCGGACGGCACGAUCGACGCCGACUCUGCAGCAGCAGUGCAGGCCACCAUGGGGGCCCGUGCUGCUGCCAACGGCGCCGGGAAAGUGCCUCUGCCGCUUGCGUAUGCUGUGGACCAGGAAGAGUUCCUCGAGUUGGUGAAGCUGGAGCCAGCUACGGCCUCAAGAGGGAUGGCGGGAGCGAGAGAGACCUUCCUGCUGCAGCUCUGCAGCGGCAUCGAGGACGACGGCACAUCAGGCUCCACAUCAGCGUCAUCUGCCACGUCAGCGCCGCCGUACAGCGCGACAGCUCAGCUGGUGUUUGCCCCCGUGGACGCUGCUUCCACAGCUGACACUGUACCCCUGCUGCCAUCUGGCUUCCGCGUCAUCCCGCUGUCGCUGCCUGCUUCCCAGGACGGGCAAACGCUCGACCUGGCAGCAUCCCUAGACAAGCAGUCCCCGCCCUCCCAGCAGCAGCAGCUGCGCUCGGUGCUCACCAUCGCCUUCCAGUUCGUGUUUGACUGCCCGGCCGCCAAAGAGACAGUGGCAGCCACGGCGAGGCAGUACGUGCGGUCGGUGGUGGGCGCCAUUCAGAGGAUCUCGAUGAGCCUGUCUCCUCCCCAGCAGCAGCUGCAGCAGCAGCAACAGCAACAGCAACAGCAGCAGCAGCAGCAGCAGCAGCAAAAGCAACAGCAGCAACAGCAAUUGCAGCAGCAGCAGCAACAGCAGCAGCAGCAACAGCAACAGCAGCAGCAGCAACAGCAAUUGCAGCAGCAGCAGCAGCAGAUGAUGAUGACAAUGAUGCAGGUGGACGGGCCGCAGAUGAAAUUUCAAAAUGGGCUUUCCCAAAUGCCCGCUGCGUCUGCCACUAGUCCUGCUGCUGCACUUACCCCCCUUCCUUCAUCCUUCACUGCCCCCUCUGCUGUGGCCGCUGCUGCCACUGCGCUGGGUCAGCAAUCACUGCCCGGGUCAUCAAAUUUCUUCAAUUUCGGGCAGCUGGGAACCCUCGGGCUGCCCGGAUUUUCCCCCAGCGGGCAGGCAGCAACAGGAAUCAUGAGCCAAGGAGUGGGUGCAGGCCUGGGCCUGGGAUCAAACCCUGCUGCUGCUGCUGCUGUGGCCGCUGCUGCUGCUGCUGGUGGUGGUGGUGGGGGAGGGGGUGGAGGAGGAGCAGCAGGGGGGGGAGGAGGAACAGCUGGGGGUUCGCUGGGGUUCCCUGGUUCUCUUGCUAGUCUUGGCAUUCCUGGUCUUGCGGGGCUGUAUUCCAAUUCCCCUGCAUUUGGAGGGCUACAAUCCAACACCCCCGGACUCAACGCCUCUGGACUCAACACCUCUGGAUUGCCGGCUGGCUUUCCCCCUGGGAUGAAUGCUGCUCUGCUUGCUAAUCCAUCCUCUGCUGUUGCUGCCGCUGCUGCUGCUGCUGCUGCUGCUGCUGCCAGUGCUGCUGGUGCCUCGGGUGCUGCAGCGUUUUCAGCCCUAGCUUCUGGCCUUGGAAUGGGUUCGUUUGGUAACCUGACUGGUCAAGGGGUUGGCAGCCUGGCUGGUCAAGGGGGGGGUCUUAUGGGUCAAGGGGCACUCGGGGGGUUAGGCAUGAGGAUGGGAUCGUUCGACCCCAAUCGCUCCUCUCCGGUCCCCCUCCCCACCACUGCUGCUGCCGCUUCUUCCCAAACUGCUGCUGCUGCUGCCAAUGCUGCUGCUGCCAACCCUGCAGCAGCAGCAGCAGCAGCGAAUAUGCGCUCCCCUGACGCGCGCCCGCCCGGUAUUGCCAACAUGGCCCUGCGGCACCAUCCGUCUGUAUCUGGUGCUGCUACAGUCGCUACAGCCUCUGCCGCCCGGUCUCCCAGCGGUGCUGUAGCAGCCCUGGCGGGAGGCGCGGGGGACGUUUCCGGACCCAGCCGCGUUGUUGGGAAUGGUUCCGGACCUAACCGGAUGGGUGGGGAGGGUUCGGCCAGCUUAGGAGUGCUAGGGAUGAGAGUCGGGACUGGGAGUGGGGGGGCAGACGGGAAGGGGGGAGGAAUGGGGGGAGGGGGAGGGGGAGGGGGAGGGGGAGGAGGUGGUGGGGGGAAUGGUGGAGGGUUGGGGGAUUCUAUGGUUCUGGGGGGGUUGGGUCCCUUGGGAGGGGGAGCAGGCGGAGGGUUUGGGGGAGGGGGAGGGGGAGGGCGAGCAGGGAGAGGGGGAGGCGGGGGAGGUAGCAUUGGAGGGCCGACUUCUAGUGGUGGUGGUGGCAACAGUGGUGGAGGAGGGGGUGGAGGGGGGUCGCAUGCCAUGCAGCUGGCGAGAUGGAUCGUGCAGAGCUACAAAGUGGCAGUGGGGUCGGACCUGUCCCCAGCAGCGGGAGCGGCGCUGGUGGGCGGCGACUUGUCCCGCCUGCUGAGGGUGCUGUGGGAGCACCACGACGCCAUCAUCUGCAUCGCAUGGCGGGCAUCGCCCGAGCUGCUUCUUGCCAACCAAUCAGGGCUGGACAUGCUUGCCACAUCAGCAGCUGACCUGUCCAAGGUGCCCUGGGAGAAGACCAUGGCUGACGAGGACGCCCGCUGCACCGCUGUCGCUGCCAUGUCGCAAGCCAUACAACAGGGGUUUGCCUACCUUCCUCCGGGUGUUCGGCUCUCUUCACAAGGUCGCCUGGCCGCGUACGAGAAGGGGGUGGUGUGGCGGGUCGUGGACGAUUACGGCUCCAUUCAUUGUAUUGCUUUUAUGCAUAUUAAUUGGUGUUUUCUGCGCUAGGGCGCUUACAACAAGGGCCUUCAUGUGGCUGGGUGGAAGGCAUCCAUAAUGCUAGAUGCAAAAUGGGGUUGAGUUAAGUCGGCUAGGUGUAAAUAGCCUAGUUUCUUUGUUUCCUUCCCAAUAGUCUUUUCUCGAAAGCGUUGAUGCUAAAGCGCGUACGCCGUCGCUUGUUCACUCAACACUCCAGCUACCACCUUCGCUUCACCUU